CCACAUGAAUUCUAAUAUGGUCUGAUUCCAUCCCCGAUUCAUCAGUUAACAAGUUUAUAAAACAGAUUCCAUGAACGAGAUCCAAAUGGAAUUCCCCGGAAUUAGAUCCAUUGCGUCAACCGCAGCUUGUGAAAUACUAUCCAAGUACAUGUACAUGUAGGCCUAAGUCUACAGGACGCGCAAAAAUUGACACCAAAUUGGAACUUCCUUCUUCCAUGACAAAACUGAAUGUACAAAAUUCUAUAGGUUAAUGUGAAAGGAGCUUAUUACCGGAAACAAAUGGAGAUGGGUCAAUUUUAUUGGCUGCUUGGAUACGAAAACAGCCUAGAUAACGCAUACGACCUUCGCCCCAUUGACGUCACGUGUUCAGUUUAUGUUCGUGUACAUACAGACUAGAUACGCAGUUGUACAUCAGUUUGAGACAUUGUGCAUAAAAUUACGUAGGCCUACACAGUGCUUACGCGUUCUUCGAGUGCACUGUCAAGGCUUUGCAGAGACGCGUCCUUGAAGUUGAAGCUGAUGCUGAGCUGUAAUACACGGCUGAUAUUUCCACCAAUUUUGUACAAACAUGUCUGGCGUAAUUACGUCAUACCGGGACGUGCAGCCAGAAUGUGCACUCUGCUCGGGCCGGACAUUGUUGUCGGAAUCCAAGCGGCUGUACUGCGCUCACACCUACUGCCUGAAAUGUCUGAAAGGGCUGGUCAUGUUGGACGAUAUACCCCCCAAAAACCCAGUGGUGGGCUGCCCUUUGUGUCUUACCCUGACUCCGAUCCACAGCCCAGAGAUUGCCUGCCAGAGCACCGUAUUCGACCUGCAGAGUCUCCUGGAUGCCUUGCCGCCUCUGGUGCAGCCUGAAAGCCCAGCAGAGGUGGCCAAGACUGAAGACAGUGAGUCUUACAUGUGUGAGAUUCACGAGGAGAUAGAGCCUGACACACCGGCAGAGGUGGCUGAGACAGACGACGGUGAGCCUUAUGAGAUUCACGAGGAGUGGGAUCCCGAAACCCUGGCAGAGGUGGCCAAGACUGAAGAAAGCGAGUCUUACAUGUGUGAGAUUUACGAGAAGAUAGAGCCUGACACCCCAGCAGAGGUGGCUGAGACCGACGACGGUGAGCCUUAUGAGAUUCACGAGGAGUGGGAGCCCGAAACCCUUGCAGAGGUGGCCAAGACUGAAGAAAGCGAGUCUUACAUGUGUGAGAUUUACGAGAAGAUAGAGCCUGACACCCGGGCAAAGGUGGCCGAGACGGAAGACGGUGAGCCUUAUAUGUGUGAGAUUUACGAGGAAUGGGAGCCCGAAACUCUGGCAGAGGUAACCGAGACAGAAGACGGUGAACGUAUGUGUGAGACUUGUGGGGAGGUAGAGCCUGAAGCCACAGCAGAAGUGACCGAGACGGAAGAUGGUGAGCCUUACGAGAUUCACGAGGAGUGGGAGCCCGAAACCCCGGCAGAGGUGACCGAAACGGAAGACCUUGAGCCUUAUGAGAUUUAUGAGGAGUGGGAGCCCGAAACUCUGGCAGAGGUAACCGAGACAGAAGACGGCGAACGUAUGUGUGAGACUUAUGGGGAGGUAGAGCCUGAAGCCACAGCAGAAGUGACCGAGACGGAAGAUGGUGAGCCUUACGAGAUUCACGAGGAGUGGGAGCCCGAAACCCCGGCAGAGGUGACCGAGACGGAAGAUGGUGAGCCUCCUGUGUGUGAGAUCCACAACGAGGUGAAAAAGUUCUACUGCUGCUCGUGUGAGGUACUGAUUUGUCGUGACUGCACGGUUGUGGACCAUCCCCGACCGCAACACAAGUGCAUGAAUCUGGACGAGGCUUGCACCUGGAGAUGUGCACUCAAUGAGAGGGAGCUGCAGACAGCUGUGCGGGUGGUCAAGCAGGUCAACAGAUCAGGGGGCAUCCUGAAGUCAACCGAGGUGGCCCUGAACCAGCGAUGCGACCAGGUCAUCACUGAGAUUGAGAGGUGCCGGGAGAUGGGUCUGGAACAGCUCCAGUGGCAUGUGGAGGCCAUCGAAGCGUUCCAAAUGGAUCUGGAGGCAGAAAUCUUUGGGCUCCAUGACCUGACUGAAGAUGCUACCAAAAAAGAUCUCCUAGAGCAGUCCACGGAACUAGUGGAGAGCCUGAUGUCCCUGUGCGAGCAACAGGAAGAAGUAAUCAACAAGCCUCAACCGGUGCAGUACCCAGCUUUCCUUGAGUCUGUGGAUGAGAUUCAAGGAUGGCCGAAGCCUCUCAACCUCGACGGACUGGAUGAGGAGGAGCCUGAUUUGCCUACACCCGAAGGACAGCAGAGCUUGGAGUCCAAAGACCAGUCAAACAAGGACACAGACAGCACAAGCCGGGUACGUAUUCCCCCAGUUGCAGAUGCCGGGCCAGUGGUCGUGGACAGUUCUUCUAGGAAGGACAGUCUGGGUGGACGGAGUGAGAAAAAUCAUCAACCUAGAGUGAGGACACUGCAGAGCUCGAGAUCCAAUGACCCGCCCAAAAUAGAGAGAGGCAACACCAGCAGGUUAGUUUCCCCACUUAAGAUACCAUGGCCGUUGUUCGGAGUGGGUACAGCAAAUCGUCAACCCAGACAAAGGCUACAGCAGAACACAAGAUCGGGUACCACCAGCAGGAGACUGCAGGCAUAUCAGACAAUGGCGCCACCAAGGGGCUUUGAUUGUCAAAGGCAGGACAGUCCAGGGGGAAGGGGGAAGGAAAGCCGGGGUAGGGGCCAAUAUCAUCACAGUGCGCGGGGUGGGGCUAAUAAUUAUGGUCGUGGUGGGGCUGAUAAUCGUGGCCGUGGUGGGGCCGAUCAUCGUGGUCAUUUUGGGGCCGAUCACCGCGGCCGUGGUGGGUCAAAUAAUCGUAGCAAAAGUGGGGCUGAUAAUCGUGGUCGUGGUGGGGCUGAUAAUCGUGGUGGCGGUGGAGCCAGUCAUCGUGGCCAUGGUGGGGCCGAUCAUCACGGUCGUGGUGGGACUGAUAAUCGUGGUGGUGGUGGAGCCAGUCAUCGUGGCCGUGGUGAGGCUGACCACCGUGGUCGUGGUGGGGCAGACAAUCGUGGUCGUGGUGGGGCCCACCACCGUGGCCGUGGAGGCCACCAACAGCAUGGGCGUGGUGGAAAACAGGGACAGGGAGGAGGUAAACAAGGUCAGGGGUCAGGACGUCAAAAAGGCAAAUAAAGACUCUUCCACAAAAUCACUGAAAAGUUUACGUGGGUACCAACAGCCGUUCAUGUCUGAAAAAAAUUCAUUUUUUUACAUGCAGGAAUUUUCCAUUGUCUCAUUAUGGGUAUUUCCCUUCACUCCCAGUUAAACCAACUUUCAAAUUGGCCGACAAGUUGGUGGAGUUGUCAGUGCCUAAACACACAUUGGCUACACAUCACUUACGCUACCUGAGCAGGUGUUUAUGAAUGCGAGGCAUCAAUAAUUUGUUGCUUAUCGGUGUGUUUCCCUUGUUGCUUUAAUCAUUAUCUGUUUAGUUAUAACACUGUGAUAAUCUUUUUCCUCUAAUCCUCUCCAAGAGGUAAAUGUUGUUUCAAGUGGUUGAUAGUUAAAUAAUCUUUGUGAGAGCUUUUCCAAAAUGCAAGCGUAUGCAAUCAGGAUGGUUACAGACUGAAUUGUUCUUGUUUGUUUGUUUGUUGGGUUGUUUGUUUGGUGGGUUGUUUGUUUGUUUGUUUGUUUGGCUUCAUUUUGUUCAGUUCAGUGGACUGGCUUCUCUGGGAGAAAUCCCAUACUCAUUCAAUCUGUGUGAGCUUUGAAAAAAUCAUUUUUUUAUCAUUUAAGGUGUUCUUACAUCAUAAAGCACAUUUCAUUAAUUGAAAGUUGGAUUUAAUCAGGCAAUUUUGUGUGAAAAUUGUGUAUUGCUUCAGGUUUGAAAUUGCCAGCGUCUCACUUCUGUCUUAAAGUCAUUUAUCGUAUGUAUAUUUUAUCUGUGUAUGUCUUUAUUACAAUUGCCUAUAAAUUUAAUCUCGCUGUACCUGGCUAGAUGGAAUGUACAUUCUUUCUUUCAUGUGAAAUGUAGUACAUGCACUAAUGUAUAUUAAAUGUAUAUAAAGACAAUGUAAUUUAAUACCUAAAAUGAAAUCCUUAGAAAUGUCCAUUUGCAUAUUCAACCUCAUUUCCAUUUUAGUUAUGGUAGUUUAAAGGGUAUUUUGGUGCAUUUUUUUUCAUUUCUCUGCUGGGGAAAGCUGUGUAUUUACGAGCAAAAUUGUGGCGUUAUCAUGUUAUCAAGUGAUGUCAGCACCAACAAAAUCGUUUGCAAUGUCUGGAUAUUUUGCUUUUUCUUUUUUUUUUUUGGCCAAUUUGUUAUUUCAGACAAUGGAAGUAAGCCAGUAACACAGUUUGCUAAAAAAAAAUCGUUUUUAUUGAGUAAAUGUUAGGUUCACAAUAGGAGCGGAAAUCCACUUUCGAUCUAUAGUGUCUUCCGGGAAUGAAUGAUAUCACAGUUGCAGUGCACACAUUUGUUAAGAAAAAUAGAAAUUGUGAAAAAGAAAAAAAGGACUUUUAAAUGCAGUUAAUCAAACAGGCAUGUAAAAUAGUUUCCACUGAAAGUUGAAUAGGAAAGAUUCACAGCAUGGAGCCUUUGAAAAAAUAAGGUAUCCAGUUGCAUUUAGGCAAGUAGACUUGCCAUUUCUGUUGCUGUUUUGGUGCAUUAGGGAGUGUUAAGGAAUAAGAAAUUUUUGUGUGUUUCUCAAAAAAUACAGUGUUGGAUUUUUUCCGGUUCAUCAAUACACAGAUUAAGCUUAAUAUUGUUCAUGAAUUUUGAUUCUCCAAAUAAGUUUGAAGGGUGUCGGGCGAAACAAACAUUCUAUCUUAAUGUAAUAGUUCAUGCUUCAUUCUUUAAACACGUUUAUUGUAAUUGUCAAAGGUAGUUAUGAAGUUCCUCAUGUGUCACCAAAGCCAAAAAAUGUAGGCAUGGCCUGUGGUAUUUGAAUUAAAACAUUUAUUUCAGGAAAUUC